CUGCCUACGUUCCAGACUACAAUAUUAGCGUUAUUACACAACAUGCUCUUCGUUCAAUGGAGAAAAAAACACACAGACACAGUGUUGUCGGGGCUUCAUGUUAGAUCCUGAACAAUGACACCAAAUUCGACGUCGUUUUGACCGGCAUCACUACUUUCAGUGUGAAGUUAAAUCUAGAAGAUGAAGGCAGGCAGCGCUGCCAAGUUGAUUGUAGAAGCAUUGUUGCAGCGGUUCCUCCCGCUUGCACGACGUCGUAUCGAAACCGCUCAAGCUCAGGAUGGACAAUAUCUACGUCCGUCAGACCCGGCCUAUGAGCAAGUAUUGGAUUCUCUAGCUAUGAUUGCACGGCAUACACCCAUCCCUCUUUUGGAAGCUCUACUUAGGUGGAGAGAAACUGAAUCUCCAAAAGGUGCAAACGAUGCGUCAACAUUCCAAAGGAAGCUUGCUGUGGAGUGCAUAUUUUGCUCAGCAUGUAUUCGCUUUGUGGAGUGCUGCCCCCAAGAAGGACUUACAGAGAAGCUUUGGUCUGGGCUUGAAAAUUUUGUAUUUGACUGGCUAAUAAAUGCUGACCGUGUUGUAAGCCAGGUUGAAUAUCCCUCAUUGGUUGAUUUACGAGGCCUUCUCCUGGACUUAGUUGCUCAACUCUUGGGUGCCUUAUCACGAAUCAGGUUUAGUUCUGUAACUGAGCGCUUCUUUAUGGAACUCAAUAGUCGGAGACCUGAUGCUAGUGUUGCCCGAAGUGAGACUCUUAGUAUCAUUAAUGGGAUGCGCUACCUAAAGCUUGGGGUUUUGACUGAGGGUGGACUCAAUGCAUCAGCAUCAUUUGUGGCAAAAGCAAACCCUCUUAACCGUACUGCACAUAAGCGCAAAAGUGAGCUUCACCAUGCACUAUGCAAUAUGCUGUCAAACAUCCUAGCACCGCUUGCAGAUUGUGGAAAAAGCCAGUGGCCUCCUUCAGGUGUAGAGCCUGCACUUACUCUAUGGUAUGAAGCUGUUGGGAGAAUUAGAGGGCAACUCAUGUAUUGGAUGGACAAACAGAGUAAACAUGUAUCAGUUGGCUACCCUUUGGUGACUCUUCUUCUCUGUCUUGGUGAUCCUCAAGUAUUCCACAACAACUUGAGUCCACACAUGGAGCAACUCUACAAGUAUCUAAGAGACAAAAACCAUCGGUUUAUGGCCUUGGACUGUCUUCAUCGACUUUUGAGAUUUUACUUGUGUGUUCAUGCAACUAAUCAGCCCCCUAAUCGUAUAUGGGACUAUUUAGACAGUGUGACCUCUCAACUUCUAACUGUUUUAAGGAAAGGAAUGCUUACUCAGGAUGUCCAACACGAUAAGCUAGUAGAAUUUUGUGUUACCAUAGCGGAACAUAACCUCGAUUUUGCCAUGAAUCAUAUGAUAUUAGAAUUACUGAAGCAGGAUAAUUUAAGUGAAGCAAAAGUUAUUGGUCUUCGUGCUUUACUUGCCAUUGUCAUGUCUCCUUCAAGCCAGCAUGUAGGCUUGGAAAUAUUUAAAUUUCAUGAUAUUGGGCACUACAUACCAAAAGUGAAGGUUGCUAUUGAGUCAAUUUUAAGAUCUUGUCACAGGACCUAUAGUCAGGCUCUUCUAACUUCUUCAAGGACUACCACAGAUGCUGUAACCAAGGAAAAAUCUCAAGGACAUCUCUUCCGGUCAGUGCUGAAGUGUAUACCAUACCUGAUAGAAGAAGUUGGCCGAAGUGAUAAAAUAACUGAAAUAAUACCUCAACAUGGCAUAAGUAUUGAUCCUGGCGUUCGCGAGGAAGCAGUGCAGGUGCUGAACCGGAUUGUAAGAUACCUUCCUCAUCGUCGCUUUGCAGUUAUGAGAGGGAUGGCCAACUUUAUCCUACGGCUUCCUGAUGAAUAUCCUCUCCUCAUUCAAACAUCAUUGGGUCGCUUGUUAGAACUCAUGCGUUUUUGGAGAGCUUGUCUGGUUGAAGAUAUAGUAGAAUAUAGUACUGAAGAUGCCAAGCGUGUUGGGCCUAAAAAGGAGGGAUUUAAGAAGCCUUCUUUCCGUCAACCAGGAGAGAUUGUUGAGUUUCGUGCAUCAGAGAUAGAUGCAGUUGGUCUAAUAUUCCUUAGCUCUGUGGACAGCCAGAUUCGCCAUACAGCAUUGGAGUUACUGCGCUGUGUACGUGCCUUGAGGAAUGAUAUACGAGAUCUCACAAUUCAAGAGCAGCCUGAUCAUAGUAUGAGAUAUGAACCAGAACCCAUAUAUAUUAUAGAUGUCCUGGAAGAACAUGCGGAUGACAUUGUUCAGAGCUGCUACUUGGAUUCUGGUCGUCCAUUUGAUUUGAGACGAGAGUCUGAUGCAAUUCCUCCUGAUGUGACCCUUCAAUCUAUAAUUUUUGAGAGUCCUGAUAAGAAUAGGUGGGCUCGGUGUCUUAGUGAUCUCAUCAAACAUGCGGCUGAGCUUUGCCCAAGAUCUGUUCAGGAAGCAAAGCAAGAGGUUGUGCAUCGUCUUGCUCAUAUUACACCUAUUGAGUUAGGAGGAAAGGCUCAUACUUCACAAGAUGUAGACAACAAACUGGAUCAGUGGCUGAUGUAUGCGAUGUUUGUAUGCUCAUGUCCCCCAGAUACUAGAGAUGCUGGUAGCAUUGCGGCAACCAAAGAUCUUUACCAUCUUAUUUUCCCCUCUUUGAAGUCUGGUUCGGAAGCACACAUUCAUGCAGCCACCAUGGCUCUUGGCCACUCACAUCUGGAAGCAUGUGAAAUAAUGUUCAGUGAACUGGCAUCUUUUAUUGAUGAGGUCUCUUUGGAAACUGAAGGAAAGCCAAAGUGGAAGAGUCAAAAACCUCGUCGUGAGGAACUUCGUACACACAUAGCAAAUAUAUAUCGCACUGUUGCUGAAAAUAUCUGGCCUGGCAUGUUGAGCCGUAAACCAGUUUUUCGUCGCCAUUAUCUGAAGUUCAUUGAGGAUACAACUAGACAGAUCUUAACAUCAUCUGCUGAGAGCUUUCAAGAAACACAGCCUCUCCGUUAUGCACUUGCAUCUGUUUUAAGAUCUUUAGCUCCUGAAUUUGUUGAGUCCAAAUCAGAGAAAUUUGAUAUCAGAACUAGAAAGAAAUUGUUUGAUCUUCUUUUCUCCUGGAGUGAUGAUACAGGCAGUGCAUGGGGUCUGGAUGGUGUUGGUGAUUAUCGACGUGAAGUUGAACGUUAUAAAGCUUCACAGCUUACCCGAUCUAAAGAUUCUGUAGAUAAAGUUUCAUUUGAUAAAGAAUUGAGUGAGCAAAUUGAGGCCAUCCAGUGGGCUUCCAUGAAUGCUAUGGCUUCCCUUUUAUAUGGACCUUGCUUUGAUGACAAUGCUAGAAAAAUGAGUGGCCGGGUAAUAUCUUGGAUAAAUAGUUUGUUCAUUGAGCCUACAGCCAGGGCUCCAUUUGGCUACUCACCAGCUGACCCAAGAACACCAUCUUACACUAAACACACAGGAGAAGGUGGACGUGGAGUUGCUGCUCGAGAUAGGCAUAGGGGCGGCCAUCAUCGUGUUGCUUUAGCAAAAUUGGCUUUGAAGAAUCUUCUUCUUACAAAUUUGGACCUUUUUCCUGCUUGCAUUGAUCAGUGCUACUACUCUGAUGCUGCCAUUGCUGAUGGCUACUUCAGUGUGUUGGCUGAGGUCUACAUGCGCCAAGAGAUUCCAAAAUGUGAAAUUCAAAGGCUCCUGAGCCUCAUACUCUACAAGGUUGUUGACCCAACUAGACAAAUCCGUGAUGAUGCCCUUCAGAUGCUUGAGACACUUUCUGUCCGUGAGUGGGCUGAAGAUGGCAUUGAGGGUUCAGGAAGCUAUCGAGCUGCUGUUGUGGGCAAUCUACCCGAUUCCUACCAACAAUUUCAAUACAAGCUCUCAUGCAAACUUGCAAAAGAUCACCCUGAGUUGAGCCAGCUCCUCUGUGAGGAGAUCAUGCAGAGGCAACUGGAUGCUGUUGAUAUCAUUGCACAGCAUCAAGUUUUAACCUGCAUGGCUCCAUGGAUUGAGAACCUGAACUUUUGGAAACUUAAGGACUCAGGUUGGAGUGAAAGAUUAUUAAAAAGCCUUUACUAUGUGACCUGGCGCCAUGGAGAUCAGUUCCCUGAUGAGAUUGAAAAGCUUUGGAGCACAAUUGCUAGCAAGCCUAGGAACAUCAGUCCGGUUGUUGAUUUUUUGAUUACAAAAGGGAUUGAAGAUUGUGAUUCAAGUGCUUCUGCUGAAAUAAGUGGUGCUUUUGCUACUUAUUUCUCAGUUGCAAAGCGGGUAAGUUUAUAUCUGGCAAGGAUAUGUCCACAGCGCACAAUUGAUCACCUGGUUUACCAACUGGCUCAGCGUAUGCUGGAAGAUAGCUUGGAACCAGUUGGGGCAAGUUUGAAUAAGGGUGACGCCAAUGGAAAUUUUGUGUUGGAGUUCUCUCAAGGACCUGCUGUGGCACAAAUUGCAGCAGUCGUAGACAGCCAGCCACACAUGUCACCAUUACUUGUCAGAGGUUCUCUUGAUGGUCCUCUCAGGAAUACUAGUGGUAGCCUGAGCUGGCGAACAGCAGGUGUAACCGGGCGAAGCGUCUCAGGCCCACUUAGCCCAAUGCCUCCUGAGUUGAAUAUCGUCCCAGUAACUGCCGGCAGGUCUGGCCAACUUCUUCCAGCAAUGGUAAACAUGUCAGGGCCAUUACUUGGGGUUAGAAGUUCGACUGGAAGUUUGCGUAGCCGUCAUGUUUCCCGCGACAGUGGAGACUACCUCAUUGACACUCCAAAUUCUAUUGAAGAUCCUCUGCAUCCUCCUGGUAUUAGUUCUACAGAACUUCAUUCGGCUUUGCAGGGGCAUCAGCAACAUUCACUCACACAUGCAGAUAUAGCAUUGAUUCUGCUUGCAGAGAUUGCAUAUGAGAAUGAUGAAGAUUUCCGCGAGCACUUGCCUUUGCUCUUUCAUGUCACAUUUGUUUCCAUGGAUAGUUCAGAAGAUAUUGUGCUGGAACAUUGCCAGCAUUUGCUUGUUAAUCUAUUGUACUCACUUGCAGGUCGACACUUAGAGCUCUAUGAGGUAGAAAACAGUGACGGUGAAAACAAGCAGCAGGUUGUCAGCCUGAUCAAAUAUGUCCAGUCUAAGCGGGGGAGUAUGAUGUGGGAGAAUGAGGACCCUACUGUUGUGAAAACUGAACUUCCAAGUGCAGCACUCCUGUCUGCUCUUGUCCAAAGUAUGGUGGAUGCUAUAUUCUUCCAAGGAGAUCUUCGAGAGACUUGGGGGGCUGAAGCACUCAAAUGGGCGAUGGAGUGCACAUCUAGACAUCUAGCCUGUCGCUCUCACCAGAUCUACCGUGCAUUAAGGCCUAGUGUCACAAGUGACACAUGCGUAUCACUCUUACGUUGCCUUCAUAGAUGUUUGGGAAAUCCAGUGCCUCCGGUUUUAGGAUUUAUCAUGGAAAUAUUGAUGACUUUGCAAGUAAUGAUGGAGAAUAUGGAGCCAGAAAAGGUGAUACUCUACCCCCAACUCUUUUGGGGGUGCGUGGCCAUGAUGCACACAGAUUUUGUUCAUGUCUACUGCCAGGUCCUUGAGCUCUUUUCACGUGUGAUUAACCGUUUGUCAUUCCGGGACAAGACAACUGAAAACGUGCUUCUUUCAAGUAUGCCUCGAGAUGAGCUCGAUACGAAUGGUGAUGAUGGAGAUUUUCAGAGGACGGAAUCCAGGGGCUUUGAGCUGCCACCAUCCACUGGGUCUCUCCCUAAAUUUGAAGGAGUGCAGCCUCUAGUGCUUAAAGGACUUAUGUCAACUGUUAGUCAUGGUGUCUCUAUUGAGGUCCUCUCACGGAUUACAGUGCAUUCAUGUGAUUCCAUUUUUGGGGAUGCUGAAACAAGACUCCUAAUGCACAUAACAGGUUUACUUCCCUGGCUUUGCUUGCAGCUCAGCAAGGAUGCCAUGGUGGGGCCUGCUUCACCGCUCCAACAACAGUACCAAAAAGCUUCCUCUGUGGCUGCCAACAUUGCAGUAUGGUGUCGAUCAAAAUCAUUGGAUGAAUUAAGUUCUGUGUUUCUUGCUUACUCUCGAGGGGAGAUCAAAAGCAUCGAUAAUCUCCUUGCAUGUGUCUCCCCGUUAUUGUGCAACGAGUGGUUCCCAAAGCACUCAGCUCUCGCUUUUGGACACUUACUACGGCUAUUGGAAAAAGGUCCAGUCGAAUAUCAACGUGUUAUCUUGCUCAUGCUUAAGGCAUUGCUCCAGCACACGCCCAUGGAUGCUUCCCAGAGUCCUCACAUGUAUGCAAUUGUGUCUCAGCUGAUAGAGAGCACUUUAUGUUGGGAGGCAUUGAGUGUAUUGGAAGCCCUUCUGCAAAGCUGUAGUUCAUUGACUGGUUCACACCCGCAUGAAGCAGGGUCAUUCGAAAAUGGAACUGAUGACAAGAUGCUUGCUCCCCAAACCUCAUUCAAGGCUCGAAGUGGUCCCUUACAGUAUGCCCUAGGAUCUGGGUUCGGCGCUGGUUCAACUGCAGCUGCUCAAGGAGCUGCAACCGAAGUGGGGAUGUCACCUAGAGACAUGGCAUUGCAGAAUACACGUCUGAUGCUGGGCCGUGUGCUCGACAACUGUGCAUUAGGGAAAAGAAGGGAUUACAAAAGGCUGGUUCCUUUCGUGAGCCCCAUUGGACACCCAUAAGUUGCAGGUACUCACUGUGAUCACAUAUGUAUUUUGAAUAGAAAUGUGAGAAAAUUUUGGGGGCUGACUUGUAAAUAGGACCAUGAAAAUGGUGCAACCCGUAGUUUCAGCAUUUUAAAAGCCCCAUCCCCGAGUAAAUAUUCGUUGUAUCUCUUGUUUUUGUAAAUUAUAACUUGCUUUUCUCACUUAAAUUCCAGUUAUGGUAAGUGGGAAAUUAAUUAAAUUAGCUCUUUUUUAUAA